AUGGACAAUAUUGCCGACCGUGUUUUCACUGAAACUACAUCAGAUCCGCCCGCCGACAACCCAUCGCUUCUAACGGUGAUUCUUGAACUUACACCCAAAUCCAUCGCUGCUCUAGACGCCAGCCUCCAGGAUAUCGUCAAGGCGCUUGUUGUGUUUCUCAAUGCACACCUUUCGCUCAAUAAUAGCAACCAAGUGGCGUUUCUUGUGUCGCUGCAUGUGGGAGCCCGCUUCUUGCACCCUGGCGUUUCGGAUGUCGAGACAGAGACUCGCUUUGUCAACCCAGGAAUGUACCGCCAGUUCCGGCUUGUGGACGAGGCGGUGUUUGGAGCGCUCAAUAAGGAACUCGAACGGCUUGCGCUGGCUGCAAAAAACGACGCCCGUUCGACAUUGGCCGGCGCCUUGCUGAUGGCCAUGACAUACACAAACAGAAUGCUCCAUGUGGACCAGAGCGGCAGCGCGGUACAGGUAGCGGCAGCGGGCACUGCUGGUGCUCAGACAACUGCCGCCAUGGGCGCCCGUGUGCUUGUGGUAUCAGCCAAUGAGUCGGACGACAACAAUUACAUGGGGAUCAUGAAUGCGAUUUUUGCAGCACAAAAGAUGAAAGUGGCCAUUGACGUGGCUAAACUUGGCCGUCGGUCAGCACCGUACCUUGAGCAGGCUGCAGACGCGACGCAGGGGGUGUAUUUGCAUGUGGCAGACCCACGGGGAAUGGUGCAAACUUUAGCCACGGCGUUUUUCGUCGAGCCGCUGCUUCGGCUGGUUGUAAUUUUGCCCACGCACGGAAACGUCGACUACAAGGCCAGCUGCUUCCUCACGGGUCGUGCUGUUGAUGUUGGCUACGUGUGUCUGGUGUGUCUAUGUAUUAUGAGUAUGCUCCCAGACCUGGGCGCAUGUCCAAUGUGUCAUUCGCAAUUCGAUGAGCAUCAUAUUGCUCGUCUUCGGCGAGGGCCGCUGGUUAGGAAGCGGAGGAAAAUGGAAGAGACAAAGGCAGAAGCGUGA